AUGUUGGCCUCUCGUGCCUCGAUUGCUCGGACUCCUGAGCGACUUGAUCCGCCGUCCCGCAGAGUCACACGCCCAUCCAACUCAGCAGCCUCGUUCAACUACAAGUCACACUCCCCCCAGCAAAACAAUCGAAUUCCCCAAAUCAUCACCCCCUCGGGCGACGCCGACGAAAUCCUCUACGACAUCCACCGUCCCACCGGUCCCAACGCUCCCUAUGCCGAGAGGAUAUCUGGGGUGGUGAAACAGAUCAAGAAGGCCAAGUAUGCCACCUCCGUGGACGAUCGCGGUUAUCUCUCUGUCUUCGAAUACCCACUCAAAGAUCAUGCGGUCAUGUGGGACUAUACGUCCGGCUACAUCCACCUCACCGGAAUCUGGAAAGGCCUCGGAAACCAGAAAGCAGACGUCGUCAAACUCCUCGAGAACCACCCCGAACUCCAAGGUCUGAUCGUUCGUAUCAGAGGCGGGUAUCUCAAGAUUCAGGGGACUUGGGUGCCAUUCGACGUCGCGAAACGUUUGGCUGAGCGUACAUGCUAUGAGAUUCGGUAUACUUUGGUUCCGAUAUUUGGC